AUGUCACGACGUAGGAUCUGGUUGCAAAUUAGUGCUUUGCAGGGAGCUUGUGGAAGCUGCUGGGCUUUCAGUGCAAGCGGGGCGUUGGAGGGGCAACACUUCCGGAAGGCAGGAAAACUGGUGUCUUUGUCCGAGCAGAACCUCGUUGACUGUAGCACUGAAUACGGUAACCAGGCAUGCGAUGGUGGCUUCAUGGAUCUGGUAAUAUAA